AUGUCUUCUGGCGCCACGUUGACAAACAUGCUCGACAAGCUCACCUUCGAACCUUUCCUCGUUGAGUUCACAGACGGCGGCAUGUAUACGACGAUUCAGGACUUCCCGGGACGCACAAAAGCUCGGAGCGGUGUCCCAGUCUCCGGGCCUAUGGACUCCUUUUCUCUCAGAGUGGCGAACAUGCUUGUUGGUAACGCCGAAGGUACCGCCGGGUUCGAGAUCACCUACUCCGGGCCCACGAUGUUUUUCCACCAGCCUGCUGUCAUCGCACUUUGUGGUGCUUCGAUGGACUUCAAGAUCAACGGUGUCGAUGCCGCUAUGUGGACAAGACUUUCCGUGCCGAGAUUGGCAGAAGUGGCGAUUGGUACUCUCAAGGACAGCGGAUGUCGAGCAUAUCUGGCCAUUCUCGGGGGGCUGCCUAAUGCCGGCAGCUACCUUGGAUCAAAAAGCACGACGCCGGCCUUGAAAUGGGGUGGGUACCAGGGGCGGACACUGCGUGCCGGCGACGUUCUUGCAAUAGACGAGGCGAGCUCGCAGAUAGCACCCACUGUCGCCACCUACCAACUUCCAGAGAGUCUUGUUGCAACCCCUGACUUGCAGCGACCGAUAAUUUACACCCUCGCCGGGCCCUUUGAUACGGAGGAAUUCCUCACCCCCGAAGGCCGCAAAGACUUCUUCGAUGCGACAUGGAAAGUUGGUAUCAGCUCCGGCCGCACAGGCAUCCGUCUUGAUGGCCCUCCACCCGAGUGGGCGAGAGAGUCCGGCGGUGAGGGCGGUAGUCAUCCCAGCAACGUCUUGGGUUUUGGCUACCCUAUUGGUGGUCUCAGCUUCACUGGGAACUCGGCUGUCAUCUUCACCGCCGACUCUCCUCUUCAGAGCGGUUUCAUCUGCCUCCAGACCAUCUUGUCCUGCGAGCUAUGGAGGCUUGGCCAACUCAAGGCUGGUGACGAGAUUCGCUUCGCUCAAUGUAAUUGGAGUCAAGCUGUGGAUCUCGAGAAGCAGUACAACAUGCUUUACGACACGAUCCGGCAGACCAUCCUCGCGGAAUCUUCCGAACCUACCAUGACAGUCCCUGUCGCACCACUCAUCGAUCAGCCGCAUGUCGGAUCAUCUACGCUUUUCGAACGCAAAGCUCAGUCAACGCAGGGUGAACCCCGGCUACCUCGCUUUCUCAUACGACAGGCGGGUGACCGUGGCCUGCUCUGCGAAUUUGGAGCACAGGAGUUCGACCUCCGUGUGCGCCUCAGGAUCCAGCAGAUCGUGCAACAGAUAUCUGAACAGCCGCCACCUGGUGUCAGCGCAAUCACUCGCCCACAUACCAUGACCGUGCUCAUCAACUACGAUCCUGCUGUCGCCAGCCAGACCAAUGCGACAUCCGUUCUGGUUGAGAUGGAGGCGGCACUGUCCGACAGCCUUACCUUUCACGGCACAAAGUAUUACCUACCCAUGGUCUUUGAUCCUGAGGAGAACAAAAUCGCCACCCAGCGGUACAUGGAGACUCUCCGGCCUUAUGCCACGUACCUUCCCGACAACAUCGACUUCAUCCGGAGGAACAACGGCCUCGAGUCUCGCGAUGAUGUCCUUGCUGCCGUUGAGAGGAACCCUUUUCUAGUCCUCGCCGCUUCUGGAUACAUGGGCCUACCGGUCAUGAUUUCCAUUGACCCGCGCAAGAGGCUCACUGUCCCGAAGACCAACCCUUCGAGGGCCACUACUCCUGCUGGCGCUCUUGGUACAGGCGGCAAUACAAUCGCUGUCUAUCCUGUUGAAUCACCAGGUGGCUAUAUGCUGUGGGGCCUGACGUUGCUCGGCGCACCGUUUGAUACCUUCGGGUCGAAACCAGGAUACACUGCCGAGCGGCCAUGGUUGUUUAAGCCAUUUGACCAAAUCGAACUUGAGGCUGUCCCUCGCGAGGAGUUCGAUGCUAUCAACAAAGAGUACCAGCAGGGUACUUAUAAGAUCAGGUCUGAGCCCAUUGUCUUAAGCAUGGCUGACUAUGACGCUCUGGUGGAGCAGACCAAGGACGAGGUCGAGGAGAUCCAGCGGCUUCAGAAAGCUGGUGCCGCAGCAGAGCUCGCAAAGGAGAAUGAACUGCUCGAGAAGUGGCACGCCGAGCAGACACUCGCCGCAAGUAAGAAGGCUGAGCAGAAAGAAGCCAAUGCUGAACAAGCAGCGCUCGUCCGAGCGACUGUCAAUGCCAGGAUCUGGAAGAUCAACGUAGCGGCAGGUGAUGAGGUCGAGCGCGCGGCCACGGUCGUCGUACUCGAAGCCAUGAAGAUGGAGAUCGCCAUCCAAGCACCCGGUCAUGAAGCUGCCUACAUCGUCUCCUCCGUGACCAAGGAGGUCGGUGAGAUAGUUGAGCCCGGAGACUUGCUGUUGUCACUCAAGCCUAAUUGA